CACGGCCAGCAGCACCAUGUGGGGGACCAAACUUCUGCCAGUCCUGCUGCUGCAGCACGUCCUUCUCCAUCUCCUUCUGCUUCCCACCCCCUGUGCAGAGGGACAGAAGAAAAGAAGAAACACACUUCAUGAAUUCAAAAAGUCAGCAAAGACUACUCUAAUUAAAGAAGACCCAUUACUGAAGAUAAAAACAAAAAAAAUGAACUCUGCAGACCAAUGUGCCAAUAGAUGUAUUAGGAAUAAAGGACUUCCAUUCACUUGCAAGGCCUUUGUUUUUGAUAAAGCAAGGAAACGAUGCCUCUGGUUCCCUUUCAAUAGCAUGACAAGUGGAGUGAAAAAAGAGUUUGGUCAUGAAUUCGACCUCUAUGAAAACAAAGACUACAUUAGAAACUGCAUCAUUGGCAAAGGAGGUAGCUACAAGGGAACAGUAUCUAUCACUAAGAGUGGCAUCAAAUGCCAGCCCUGGAGUUCCAUGAUACCACAUGAACACAGCUUUUUGCCUUCGAGCUAUCGGGGUAAAGACCUACAGGAAAACUACUGUCGAAAUCCUCGAGGGGAAGAAGGGGGACCGUGGUGUUUCACAAGCAAUCCAGAGGUACGCUACGAAGUCUGUGACAUUCCUCAGUGUUCAGAAGGUAAAUGAACCUGAAUGCCGUGUGGGGCACUCUGCUCCUGCUUUCUGUAGAGCUGCAUCUC